CCAGGCGGCGCGAGGCUGAGCCCUGGGAGCCCCUGCGCGCCGCCAGGGGCCAUGGGCGCGUGAGAGCCCGGCGCGCGCCGCCCCUGCUGCAGCUCGAGAGCUCGCACGCCCGGUGUACCGUGCUCCGGACCGUUCCCACGUCCGCCCUGCGCCACCCGGACCGGUUAUUUCGCGGCGCAGAGGCCCCCGGGACUGCAUCCGAGCCUCCGCCGCCCGCUGCCGCCGCCGCGGCUGCCGCUGCUCUCCAGCUUCCCCUCCCCCCACACCCAGGGCUCGGAGGAGGAGGGGCCGGUGCGUUCUCACCGCCUCUCUUUGCAACCUGCGGGGGCCGGUGUAUGCCCGGCGAGGAGCCGGGGCCGCUGCAGGUGCGUGCAACCCCAGAGGAGACGACCCCCUCCCAUCCCCAGGCGGACCGGGGGGCUGCGAGCCGCGGGCGGGCGGUCGAGCGAGAGCAAGCAACAAAGACAGGCUGCAGCUGGGGCCGGCGAGAGGGGCCGCGGCCGCCGGGCUCCUGGCGCGGGCGGAGAGGGCGCCCCGGGGAGCGGCGCGGGCCGAGCUGCAGCCCUGAGCGGGACCCCGAGGGGAGGCGCAGCGCCGCCCGCCGGACGCCGUGAGCACAGGCCCCGGCGAGGAUGCGCCGCCUGAGCGCCCGCACGGCCCAGGUCCCGGGCGGGCACGACCCACGCUGAGCGGACAGACCCGCCACCCCCGACUUCGGACGGCGCGGGUCGGAGCCUGGAUCACCCUCACCGACAGCGUCCCUUUCCACCCGGAGAGAGGCAUCGGCCCCCAAGGGGGGCUCCCUCAGGCAGCCUCUGCCACCUCUGCAUGGCUGCGACCCGGCGAGCGGAGAGUCGUCGCCGCUGAGACCUGGUGCCCUUCAACGGCCUGGCUGAUCUGGGACCCUGCUGCUCGGUGUGCCCCACCGCGGGCCCCCAGCUCCGCCAUGCUGGCCUGUCUCCAGAGGACCCAGAACCCACCGGGCCAACACCUGGCCUGCCCGAGCAAGAGCCUGGAGCUCCGAAAGUGCGAGACGGCGGCCAGCUCCAUGCAUUCGUCCCGCUACCCGAGCCCGGCCGAGCUGGACGCCUACGCCGAGAAGGUGGCCAACAGCCCGCUGUCCAUCAAGAUCUUCCCCACCAACAUCCGGGUGCCGCAGCACAAGCACCUCGGCCGCACCGUCAACGGCUAUGACAUGAGCGGCCAGCGCUACAGCCCGUACCCGCAGCACGCCGCCGGCUACCAGGGCCUGCUGGCCAUCGUCAAGGCCGCCGUCUCCUCCUCGGGCCCCGCCGCAGCCGCCGGGCCCGCCAAAAGCGUGCUCAAGAGCGCCGAGGGCAAGCGGACCAAGCUGUCGCCGGCCGCCGUGCAGGUGGGCAUCGCGCCCUACCCGGCGCCCAGCACUCUGGGGCCCCUGGCCUACCCCAAGCCCCCCGAGGUGCCCGUGGUGUUCAGGGUCUCUGAAGACCUCAGCCACUCAUGGCCACAGCCCCAGUUCCUGCACAGCUCUUCCUGUGGACUAUUAGCCCUGUCUGGGGUAGGGGUGCAGUGA